GUCUCCCUUCGAAUCAGGGUCUUUGCUGGCCUCAAACUGUUCGCUAAAAUGGACAAAUGACUUGGACUGGCACCAUCCCAGCAAAGUAGCGCCCUCAGUUCCCUUCACAUCGUCAUCACCAUCUCGUCCUCAGUCUGAGCCUGCCUCCAACAUGGCCCAUCUCUUAAUUAAGGUAUCGAUUUCGGGCGAUAUCUCACCCUUCAACCAUCUACCAUCGAGAUCUCGCAUCUGAUAGUAUGACUUACGCACCCUCUAUCAUUAUUAUACGGCUAUUGACGACCAGCGCCUCGCAUUGCCGCAUACACUGAGUCCCAGCCAAGGGGUUCAGAGGGGCUGACAUCCCGAGAUCGGUACUAAAGUCUCGGGCGUCCUUCGGCCGAUCACACUGACCAUGGCCUUACGAGUUCACCAUGCCAUCCUGCUUACGGUCGCUCAAGCCUUAUAUACCCUCUCGGCAGGAGUCUCUGUUGACCCCACAACCUCUUUUUCGAGGAUCCAGGCGAGCGCUGUAGACAGCAUCUCCCCCGUCGCAGUUGAUGAGUCUGUGGCGGCCACCCAUCCCCAAAAUAAUUCUCCUCUCGUUGCUUUAAGUCCAGCAGGACCCGAACCCGACAUUGCUCCCUAUGAGACUGCGGCUCCUCCAGCCCUGGAGACAGAGCAAAUGGGCGGCAUCAGAGCAAAAGCUGGUAUAGGUUUGCUAUCCACGCUACUUACGUUUUUCUGCCUAAACAGAGAAGCCCAAGCCAAAUGUCCUGGGGCAUUCGUUCGGCAGGAGGAGCACAAAGAAGUGGCAGACUGUAUAGCCACGUCCAAAUCUUGGGUGGGCCGAACUUACUGCCGUUGGCUCGGACAUCGAGGGUUACACAGCCAGCAUCAAUCCAUAGCCGGCGCACCAGACCAGGAUUGGCAGCGUGCUCCGCUCGACCGCAAAGACAGGCCAGAAGAUUGGAGUGAUGAGAAACGCGUCCUCAGAGACAUCCCUCAGUACGUCUUGGAUUAUGCGCCACUCGUCCACCUCUAUUCUGGAGAGCAAUUCUGGCCAUGCGAUAUUGCAGAGCAUCUGCAUCACAUUACCCCUGCUCUGAAUUACACACCUCUACAGUCGGUGACAAAGCACCCAACCUUGAGGAAUUUGGAUAAAUUGAACGAUUUUGACGAUGGCCAUGGCCGCUGGGUAUAUUUGACCAGCAACGAUGACGUCGAAGAGCGACCCGACUGGCUGGAAGGCGAGAAGAACAUUCCUACGGUACCCUCGAAUGCCAACGAUAAGUUUGAAGAGAAGGAGGGGUGGGUUCACAAACCUGGCCGUACGUAUCUCCAGGGACUCAACGAAGCGGCGGCGUAUUCUAAGGACCAGAUCCAGCCUAACGGUCGAGGACAUGAGGACGACGAUGAUUUUCAGGAGUCGUCUCACGGCGGGUCGACUGGAACACAACCUAUGCAGCACGUGCUGCAAGGAUCUCAACGUUCUGUGACGGACCAAGAAGCGCCUCCCAGCAUUCGGGGCGGUCGGAGUGAUGCGCCUGCGGUCUUAAUCGCUGUCGAUAAGGGCCACGGUAUCGUCGAUGCGUUCUGGUUCUUUUUCUACAGCUUCAACCUUGGCAAUGUGGUGCUUAACGUUCGAUUUGGCAACCACGUGGGCGAUUGGGAACAUACCGCGAUUCGGUUCCAUCACGGCAAGCCAAAAGCUGUUUUCUUCAGUGAACACAACUUCGGAUCUGCCUAUAGCUAUGACGCUGUCGAAAAGCUGGGCAAAAGACCAGUGAUUUAUUCCGCAUACGGAACUCACGCCAUGUAUUCGACACCCGGGACACAUCCUUACAUCUUACCGUGGGGGAUCCUUCACGACGUGACAGAUCGUGGCCCGCUCUGGGAUCCGGCAUUGAAUUCCCAUGCGUACACCUAUGACUUCAAAGCAGACGUUCUGCGUGCGUCUAACAUCACGCCUAGCGCCCCAACCGAAUGGUUCCACUUUGCCGGUCGUUGGGGAGACAAACAUUAUCCUCUGGACGACCGGAGACAGUAUCGAUUCGCUGGCCAGUACCACUAUGUCAGUGGACCGUACGGGCCCAAGUUCAAGAACCUUGGACGAGGGAAGAUCUGCUCUGGGCCAGAAACCGCUCCCUGUGUCAUCAAGAAUUGGCUUUUGGGUGACAGCAGGAUCGAGCGCCUGCAUCUUCCGAAUGGUGAUGGAGAAGACGAAUUUUGACGGACGUCACGAAGAAAUGUUGUUGCAUGUGGCCGUUACUGUUGCGUCUUGUCCUUGAAUGGUGCUAUGAUACCCUGACGAAGGUUUGCUUCAUUGGCGUUUGGACUGUUUGUUGGUGUUGGUGACAGCUUCGGUGAGCAAUAUUCGGAUUAUGGUUUUGUCUGUAGUUCAGGCGCUUGCAGUCUCUACCGAGUUGAAUAGGCAUGCUGGUUUCGUGGAGAGUUGCACCUGGGCAGGCUGUUGUCUUAACUUACAUGUCGGGUGCCCGUCCGAGUAGAGAUGCUGCAGCUUUAGCGAGCAUGGGGCAGCCCAUCAAUCACACUCUUUCUCUCCGUCGUCCUGAUGGUUUCCGUGUUGAGUGUAUCCAAUUGAAUGGAGCUCCGGAUCCGAAAGGACAACGUCUCCGGGAUUCGGGUCAAGAGGAG